AUGCCGGGGGCCGAGUCGGAAACUAAGCAAGUUGGAGGCGAGGGGAGCGAGGCAGCGAGUCCCUCGGCUCGGCCCGAUGUGUACAGAUACAUCAAAGGAGACUUGUUCACCUCUGAGAUCUAUAAAGUAGAAAUACAGAACCUCCCGAAAUACAUCGGGUUUAACGACGUGAAAAAAUUUCUUGCCAAAUACGGGCUCAAUCCGCAUAAGAUAAAACUUUUCGGAAAACAGACGUUCGCGUUCGUGACGUUUAAGAGCGAGGAGGAAAGGGACAAAGCCAUGAAAGUGCUGCACGGAGCCCUGUGGAAGAGCAGGCACCUGAGCGUUAGGCUUGCGAAGCCUAAGGCUGACCCGAUCGCGAAAAAACGGAAGAAGGAAGAAGAGGAGACUGAGAUGAGAGAGGCAAAGCAGCUAGCGCUGUCAAAACCGAGUGCAGAGGAGCCUCUUAGUAAACAGAUAGCGGACGUGGUGACUCCGCUGUGGAAUGUGCCCUAUGAAGAACAGCUGGCAAAAAAGAAGCAAGAAUGCGAACAAGUGCUGCAGAAGCUGACAAAGGAAAUAGGAAAUAACAACAGGGCAUUAUUACCUUGGUUGUUCGUGCAGAAGCAGAAGUAUAAUAAAAUGUGUUGCCCAGUAGAGGGAGUGAAAGCAUCACCAUUACAGACUGAAUAUCGCAACAAGUGUGAGUUCUUGAUUGGGAUUGGUGUAAAUCAAGAAGACAAAACUGUGGGUUGUCGUCUUGGCAAAUAUAAGGGUGGUACGUGUGCUGUAGUGGAGCCAUUUGACACUAUUCACAUUCCCGCUAUUGCCAAAAAAGUAGUAAAAGCUUUUCAAGACUACAUAAGGUCUACUCCUUACUCAGUUUACAGCCCAGAAACCGCAAUUGUUUAUUUUAAUCCUCAGAAAUUAAGUAAAGAAGAGCUAGCUGACCUCAAAAUUUCUCUGGCCAAGUACUUUAUAGAAGGGACGGGAAAGGACAGUGGUGUUACUUCUCUGUACUUUGUGGAAGAAGGCCAAAGAAAAUCUCCCAAUCUAGAAGACUUGCCUUUGGAGCAUGUGGCUGGUGAUAAGUACAUAUACGAAGAACUUCUUGGCCUGAAAUUUAGAAUUUCUCCUCAUGCAUUUUUUCAAGUAAAUACACAGGCUGCAGAAGUUUUAUAUACUGCCAUUAGGGAAUGGGCCCAGCUGAACCAAGAGAGUACUGUACUUGACAUUUGCUGUGGUACAGGAACUAUUGGGAUUUCUUUGGCAAAGGUGAUAAAGAAAACACUAGACGUNNNNCUCUGCCAAGAAGCUGUGCAGGAUGCCAGAGUGAAUGCCCAGAUUAAUGAACUGAACAACAUUGAAUUUUAUUGUGGGAAGGCUGAAGAUGUUGUUCCUUCGUUAAUUAAUGUGUUAGCUCCCCAGAACCUAGUUACUAUUGUAGAUCCGCCACGAGCAGGACUGCAUUCUAAGGUAAUUCUUGCAAUUAGAAGAGCCGAACAUCUGAAGAAGCUCAUCUAUGUAUCCUGCAAUCCCAGAGCUGCAAUGAAUAACUUUGUGGAUCUUUGCCGGGCACCAUCCAAUCGAGUCAAAGGAGCCUCUUUCCGUCCAGUUAAAGCAAUGGCUGUGGAUCUCUUCCCUCAAACCAGGCACUGUGAAUUACUGAUAUUCUUUGAACGGGCUGAAUAUGCAAAUGGAAGCUCUGCUGAAGCAAUACUUGAUGCUACUCAAGUCACAGUAGCAGGAUGUGACUCAGAAUGCUUGGAUAGUACCAAUCCAUCUCACAAUGAUGCAAGCCAGGCAACUGUGGUAGAUAUAGAUACUGCAUUCAAAGACAGUGAAUUAAGUUAACUCCUGUGAGAUGCUUUCCGGAAAGCUAGUUUUGCUUGUUAACUGCUUCAGUAACAUUGUUUCUCUAACAUCAUGGUAAUAAAUCUCUCUCUAACACA